AUGAUGAAGACUCUCGCUCUCGGCCUCUUGGCCGCUCAUGGUGCUGCCGCUAUGCGGUUUGCUAUGUACAUUGACGAAUAUCAUGUCGCAAAUCUCCCGGGUAAAAACGAAACAGCAUAUAUUGACCAUGCUAUCAUGGGCUUUGCCCCAUCGAAGAUGUUCAACUCCGACUCCCCUCCAUCAUUCACCCCCUUCGAGUCCCCGGAUAGCUUCCGCGAGCGAUUCAGCGAUGACACCAAGCUGAUGAUUGCUAUUGGCGGAUGGGGUGAUGAGGCUGGUUUCUCAGAUGGAGCAAAGGAUGCCACCACGCGUGAGCGCUAUGCAAAGAAUGUUGCAGCGAUGCUAGAUGCCAAUGGAUUCGACGGUGUUGACAUCGACUGGGAAUACCCCGGUGGCAACGGUCAAACCUACAAACAAGUCCCCAACGAGGACAAAGUCUCCGAAAUCGAGACCUACCACGAGUUCCUUGCUGAAGUCCGCAAAGCAAUUGGCAACAAGACCCUUUCCAUCGCCGUCCCAGGACGCAAGCAAGACAUGAUCGCUUUCACCAAGGAGACCGGGCCUAAGAUCUGGAAGUCCGUCGAUAUGGUCAACGUCAUGAGCUACGAUCUCAUGAACCGUCGUGACAAUGUCACUUCCCACCAGACCAGUGUUCAAGGUUCCCUGGACGUCAUCAACGAGUACAUGGACAUGGGGCUUGAUGCAGAGAAGAUCAACCUUGGUUUUGCUUACUACGCUAAGUGGUUUACUACCGAUCCCGACUCGGACUGUGAUACCAACCCGCUCGGAUGUGCCGUUGUCAAGCUCGAGAAUGACGACGGAACUGACAAUGGAAAGUCUGGCGCCGUCACCUUCGAGGCUAGCAAUGAUUCCCCCGCUCCCAAGAAUCUUACCACCUCCACUAACGGCAAGUGUGGAUUCGAUGAGAGGACUAAGUGCCCUGAGGGAUCCUGCUGCAGCGCUUACGGAAACUGUGGUACCGACGAUACUUUCUGCCAAGCUGGCUGCCUCUCGGACUACGGUACUUGCAAGGGCAUCUCCAUCACGGACUCCUGGCGCCGCGCCCAGAAGGACGGAAAGACCGAUGACAAGCUCGGUGGCCAGUACUACUGGGAUAGCGAGGUCAACCUUUUCUGGACUUGGGAUACUCCCGACCUCAUUGCCCGCAAGUUCAGUGAUAUUGUUAACGCUAAGAACCUUGGUGGUGUCAUGGCUUGGAGUUUGGGUGAAGAUACCUACAAGUUUGAGCAUGUUAAUGCUAUGCAGCAUGGUAUCGAGGCUGCUACGCAGUCUACCGACAACCAGGAUGAUGCUGAGCAGAACUAA